AUGCCCGACCAGGAUAAGCCCAGCGUGAAACCACCAGGUGUCAUAUCGAGGAAACCUGUGGUGCCAGGUCCUAACUCGUGGGCCCAGUCGCAGCAGGAGCAGCAGCGAUCCUCAAGCGGUGAGCAAUUAGAGGUUGGACGAGUCACGAACAGGGAUAAGUAUGAACAUAAGCCGAUGCCGCCACCACCAACAGACUCCUCGCCUCACAACAAACACCUACAGGCUAAGGCAUACAUACAACCAGCUAUACCUUUGCUGAAUCCGGCACCAAAACUGCAGAGCCAGCAGAAGCGAGCAGUGACAGACCCAAUCGCACCGAAGCCCCUAUUCGCAGGCAGAAAGCUCAGUGUUGCUAAGCUACGCAAGAAGUACUCCUUUUCAAAAGCAGGAGACGACGUUCCGGUGGCCGAAGCGAUGCCUACAGACCAAUCUUCUCCCGCUGUUCGGCUCUCUUCUGAGAAAGCAGCAGAGGUCUUAGGACUGUAUCCGCCGCCAGAGAACAAGCCUGAUACGCCUCCAGCCUCCGCACUUCCAGCGCCAGUGCUUGACUCUUUCCGCCCAUCAUCUGACUCAGUAGAAAGAACGGCUAGCCCAGUGCGGCAAGUUCAAUCAACACCUGUGCCUACGCGCCGCUACUUAAGAGAGAAUGACCUACCAACGCCAACAACUACAGAGGCUCCCGUUGCUCCCAAACUGCAGGCGAACGAAGAACCACAGAGUCAGAACAAAGAUCCAAAGAAAGCAGAAAACGGUGUGUCUACACCUGGAAUGCUCCAACCUCCCAGACUUGGGAGAUACGGCAAUGUGGGCGAAGUCGGAUUGGUGGAGUCAAAUCGGAUGCACAGGGUCGAGAGCUACAGAGGCGUUAUAGAAAACGCAGAGUCUUCCGUGGGCAACAAUGAACAGGUGUAUGCGGGCUCGACGGGAGUCCUGUCGCAAUCAAGCAUGACUCAGGGUCUGAACACUGGAGAUCUUCUGCCACCUGUUAUCUACUCGCCAAGCAAUUACGGCGGAGUCUGGGAGAACGAUCCUGCUGUUGGCUAUUCACUUCCCCCUUUUAGCCCCAUGCCGAACGGGCUCCCGCCGAGUAACGGGAUAGACGGGAAUGACCCGUCCGACAACCGUGGGAUGCCUCUCAUGCCUAAUGAGCUUGUGAAUGGUUACGGCAAUAGCAAACAUACAGAUUUUCAUCCAUUUGCAAGUUUCGAAGCAAACAAAAAUCAAAAUCCAAACACAGAUCGCUCAUCGGAAAUUUACCGUCCAUUGCCGUCCGCCAACUCGUGGGUCUCCGGCAACUCCUUCACAUCCACAAAUGCGCCUUUGUCGGCUCUCUUGCCCCCUAGCUGGCCCAAUCAUCACAGCAGUAAUUCCGUCCCAUCACCACCUCACAAUCAACAUGAUUACCAACGUCCGGGGUCAAUGUCAGCUGCCAUGGCUCGAUUAGAGCUCACACUGCACCACCACAUCGAUAGCACCGCUGGGUCAUUGUCAAGGUUGAUCACUGAUAAGCAUGAUAGAAUCAUGGACCAGACAAUCAGGCGACUGGAGAAUCUAGAGGAGACGGUGAGCAAAGGAUUCCGUCAUCUCAAAGCCGACUUCAAAGAUAUCAGGAAGGAUAUCGAUGAUUUGAAAGAGGAAUUCAAGGAUGUCGUGAAGGGCAGUGACAGUGUCCAGGAACUAUUCAAAGGAAUGGACGGAAAGCUCAAGGCAUUGGAGAAGAGUGUCGAAGGGCACAGUUGCAACUGUCAGCUCGCCGUUGCAGAACGGAGCCCCAGUGAGCCUGCGAGCGAACCUCAACAGGAAGCCGCAUCGCAUCGGCGAACUGAAAGUGCACAUGGUGCUUUGGGUCACGGCGAGCAACGUCAACAAUAUCGAAGCGGUGCCAGUCGCUCGUCGACCAGCGCUCGUCAAAGCGGAAACAGUAACAGAGUUCAUCGUUCCAAUACAGUCAACAAGCAGCUCGGCAACAGGAUGAGUGACGAAACUGAUACAAGGAGGGAGUACUUUGCGGAGCUAGGAGCAGCUAGAGGUCCCAUGCCAGAUCUGAGGGAUCACCCAGCAUAUUCAGGCAUGCAACAGGACCAAAGCCAGAUAUACGGGCACGAUCAACAUAGCAUACCAUCAGUCUUACAUGGCUUACCAUAUGAGCCCCCGUCUCUCAGUGACGGUCGCUGGUAUCAGCAAGCUUAUGGUCAGAAUCAAUAG